UCUAGGAAACAUGAAACGGUCGGGUGGCAGUGAGAGCGAGAAGAGAAGAAAGAGACGCAGGCUGCUGCAGGAGCUAGGAGACCAGCGCAUCCCCUACCUCGGGCCCUCAGACCAUGGCUUCCAACAGCUGUGGGAGACUAGUUACUCUGGCCUGGCUCUGCGGCGGUCCUGCUCCCUGCCUGAGGAGCUCCAUGGUCGGGUGGAGGCUGCUCUGUUCACCCUGCGGCGGAGGGGCUGUUUCCUGAGGGACCUGGUGAAGGUGAGGGACCGAGACGUCUUCACCGCCGUGUCCCGGGUGCUGCUGGGUCAGCCAGGAACCACCUACCGCUAUCUGGACACGCGGCUCUUCACCAUCCCCUGGCACACAGACGAGCAGAGAGGGACCUGCUGUGACCCAGACCUCAGCGCUGCCUGCAAAGCACUCUGGGAGCUCAACUGCUUCUUCUGUUCUGAUGUCGGAGACAGGAAGGAGGGGGAUGUUUUCAAGCAGUGCAGGAAAGAGUUGGUUGGUGCUAUAGAGUCUAAACCCAGUGUAGAAGGAGACACAGAGUCUAAAGAUAGUGAGGAGUCCAAACCCAGUGACGAUGGAGGAGACUCGGAGUCCAAGCAGAGUGAGGAGGGAGAGACUGAGUCAAAGCACAGCGACGAUUGGGACAUAGAGUCAAAACACAGUGAAGAGGAAGGCUCAUCGUCCAAACAGGAUGCAGCAUGGGAGUCAAGACACGGCGACGAGAUGGGAGACAUGAAGACUAAACAAACUGAAUUGGGGAGUCCAACGGCGUCAAAACAACACAGUGAGGGAAAACACACAGGCUGGAAGCACAGGCCAGCUGGCAGCACAGAGGCAGAGACCACAGACCUAGGCCCUCAGGAGAAGCCUGUGGCUGAGCUAAAACACAGUCUCUCUGGGUACCACAUUGAAGAUGAGGAGGAUGAAGACCAGCAGAGUGGCCAGGGAUGCUCUAACCUCAACCCUGCUAAGACAUCCUGUCCUGGCCCGACCCAGUUCAACGUCACCCUGCUCAACUACAUGGACCCAGCAGCAAUGAGCCAGCUGAAAGAAGAGCCAUAUUAUGGGAUGGGUAAGAUGGCUGUGGGCUGGCACCAUGAUGAGAACCUGGUCAGCUUAUCUCCUGUGGCCGUCUACAGCUACAGCUGUCAUGACGACGACAAAGCAGGUGUGAGCUCGGAGGAGGGUCCUGCAGAGAAGGGCUGCUGGAGGAUUGGUCUAAAGGUGGCCUGGGACAUCCACACCCCUGGACUGACCCUCCCACUGCAGUCCGGAGACUCCUACUACCUUAGAGAUGACCUGAACAGGACCCAUCAGCACUGUGUUCUGGCUGGAGACUCAGCCCGCUUCAGCUCUACACACAGAGUGGCGGAGUGUUCCACCGGGACCCUGGAAUACAUCCAGUCCCGCUGCCGGGAGGCCCUGUCUAACCUGAGCACAGACCCAGAAACAGGGACUCACAGCCUGCUGUCCCUGCUGCCAGCUACCCUGCAAGGCUACGAGGAGAUACAUAACGAGGUGGAGUUUGAGUGGCUGAGGCAGUACUGGUUCCAGGGCCAGCGUUACACCCGGUUCUGCAGCUGGUGGGCCAGACCCAUGGAGCAGCUGGAGAAUGACUGGAGAGAGAUGGAGCUCAUGACGCAACUCUUACUGGCAGCAGUAGAGGAAGAGGGACAACCGGAGGAGGGCAGGAGAGAGAUGGCAGAGACCCUGCUAACUGCCCUGACAGACAGACAGCAGCACAGACAGACCUGGAGAGACAGGUGCCAUUCCAGCCUGGCCCAGACCCUGCCCCCAGAAGAGGCCCCCGUUGACCGGCCGUUUUGGGCCGACGGUGACCCCAGCAUGCCUUUGCCCUUUGACCUGGCUGACAUCAUCAACAGGGUGGAGUCACUCCUCUGGAGGAUGUGACGGAUGGGACACAAAGUAAAGAGAAGGAGAAAGAGAGCGAGAGAGUCACCCCGUCAUCUGAACAGCCUCUAUCGUGAGGACAGAUGGCAGAGGAGGAGAACAGGACCUACCAACUCCUGAUGGUGUCAACGUCCUCCAAUGGGGGUAGACUUCCCCACCCCAGCCCACCCUGGACCCCUCCCAACCCUGUACCUCGCCCCACCCCGCCCAAACCAGUCUCAUCUAGCUUUGCUUGGAUUGACUCAACAUGGCUGCAACAUGACGAUGGAACCCUGAGUAGUGCUUUGCUAACAUGCUAUAGCUGGUAUUGGAACUAGUCUCACAAUGGUAACGUGGUUAACCUGCAGAAUUAAAACUGAAUGUGUAGGAAUGUAUUAUUUCAAUCAAUGUUCUGUUUCUUUUCUACAUUUAAUCAGCUUUGUGUAUGGAUAUGACAAAUAGUCAUACAUAUGUAGGAUCUUAAUUUGAUCAGUUUCUCACAGCAGCAAAAUUAUCCUGCAGCAACAGGAAAUGUGAAUUAUUGGGUGGAUUAUAAUUAAUGGACAUUUUUACUUAGGGCAAAUCAAGUCUGACAUUUUCAUGUGGAAAUUACAAACAGAAAUACUUUUAAACCUUUUAAAACUUGAAUGCACUACAAGUUUGCAUUUCCUUGCUGCUCAGGAAAUUUCCUGCAACAACAGGGUGAUCAAAUUAAAAUCGUAUAUCUGUAGUACAUUUAUACUUUCUGUUUCUAACUCAAUGUUGUUCUAAUUAUGGUGUUGUACCCUAAUGUCCAUUCACUUCCUGUAUUUCACAACUUUCUUGUUCAGAAUCUCACAGGGCAUGACUUUGUGUUACUAUGAUGUGUGUGUGUGUGUGUGUGUGUGUGUGUGUGUGUGUGUGUGUGUGUGUGUGUGUGUGUGUGUGUGUGUGUGUGUGUGUGUGUGUGUGUGUGUGUGUGUGUGUGUGUGUGUGUGUGUGUGUGUGUGUGUGUGUGUGUCACUGCAGUAUUUACAGUAUGUGAAAUUGUAUGUGUGUGAAGCAGUAUGAUAGGGCCUGUAACAGGGCUGGGAGAUGUUUGUGUUAGAGAGGAAAGGACACAAGUCUAGUAGGCCUAUAGGUUCUAGUAGGCAUGUCUCUGUCUGCAGGCCUGUCUCUAGUCUGCUCUGUAGGGCUGAAAGGCAGCCCAGGCAGACAGCUACUGUAGGGCUGAAAGGCAGCCCAGGCAGACAGCUACUGUAGGACUGAAAGGCAGCCCCGACAGACAGCUACUGUAGGACUGAAAGGCAUCCCAGGGAGACAGCUACUGUAGGACUGAAAGGCAGCCCCGACAGACAGCUACUGUAGGACUGAAAGGCAACCCCGACAGACAGCUACUGUAGGACUGAAAGGCAGCCCAGACA